AUGCACUGCCUGCUACAGCUGAGCUUGGCGCUGGCGCUGUGCGCCCUUCUGGCCCCGCCAGCCACCCUUGCCGAACGCCGUCAGAGCUACCGCCUGGGCGUGCGCUCCACGGGCCGGCACGAGAGUGGCCAGCCGGAGGGCAGAUUCACUUCAUCCAUAGCCAACAAGUUCAGCUCACUGAAGGGCACCACGACAACGACCACACUGACUCCCACUACGACCUCAGUCACGACCACGCCGACAACGUCAGGCACCUCCUCGCCCACAACCUCGCCCACCACUUCGCCGGGCACAUCGUCAGGCACCUCGACCACAACGUCCUCGCCCACAUCGGCGACAACGGCACCGACGACCAGGCGGGCCUUCGGCAGUGGCAUCGACAACGAGGGCUCCUACGAGGAGCUGGCCCGUGCCUACGAUGACGAGGACGAGGAUGAGGAGCAGCCGGGCAGCGGCAAAAUGCAGGACGACGACGACGACGACGAUGGCAGCGAUGACGACGAUGACGAGUUCUAUGUGCUGGCGCCCGGUUCCGGCCACAAUGCUGUCCAGCAGGGCGGCGGCGGCGACAACUCGAACGCGGCAGCAGCCGUGGAGCGACCCACCGAGCUGCAGUGGCGCCAGUACCAGGUGGAUCAGCGCAACCGUCGGCGCAUCCAGCGCCUGCAGCGGGAGCACAACCAGCGGCUGCGCGCCCUGCUGCGCCGCCAGCGGCUCGCCGAUCGGCGCAAUGCGAAGCGCGUGCGCCGCAUCCAGCAGCAGAACCGUCGCCGCUCCACGCGCCGCAAUCGUCGCAAUCGCAACCGCAGCAAGGCCCAACGCCAGCGUCGUCGUCGCAACAACCAGAGCCGCCGUCGCCGCGAGCAGAGCCAGCGCCAGCGUCGCCGCCAGCGCCUGAACCAGCGUCGCCGUCUGCGCCAGCUGAUGCGUCGUCGCCGUGGCGGUCGUCGUCUCAUCCGUGCCUAG